AUGGAUCCUGAAGCUUUGGUCGAGGCCCUUCGGGGCACCAUGGACCCGAACCUACGGGAGGCCGCUGAGAGGCAGCUGAACGAGGGUCACGCCCAGGUUAACUUUGUGUCCACUCUGCUGCAAGUCACAAUGUCAGAUCAGCUGGAUUUGCCUGUCAGACAAGCAGGUGUAAUUUACCUUAAGAACAUGAUCACUCAACAUUGGAGUGAUGGUGAUGACUCGGGCACAGAGACGCCAGCUAAUAACAUCCCUGAAGCGGACAGAGAGUUUAUCCGAGGAAACAUAGUAGAAGCAAUCAUCCACUCUCCUGAGCGCAUCAGAGUUCAGCUGACUACUUGCAUUCACCAUAUGAUAAAAAAUGAUUAUCCUGUCAAGUGGAGGGCUUUUGUGGACAAAAUUGCAUUCUAUCUGCAAUCCGACAACAGUGCAGCCUGGCUUGGAAUCUUGCUUUGUCUUUACCAGCUUGUCAAAAAUUAUGAAUACAAAAAACCAGAGGAGCGCCAGCCGUUGAUUGCUGCCAUGGAUGUCUUCAUGCCCAUGCUCAAAGACCGCUUCAUACAACUUCUUCCAGACCCCUCCAGUGAGUCGGUCCUUAUCCAGAAACAGAUCCUCAAAAUCCUCUAUGCACUCUUCCAGUACAACCUCCCCCUAGAGCUCAUCAACCGACAUAAUCUAACGGAAUGGAUGGGAAUUUUCAGAACAAUUGUGGACAGAGAUGUACCUCCCGAGACCAUGCAGGUGGAUGAGGAUGAACGUCCGGAGCUGCCAUGGUGGAAGUGUAAGAAGUGGGCUCUUCACAUCUUGGCUCGACUGUUUGAAAGAUAUGGAAGUCCAGGCAACACGACCAAAGAGUACACAGAAUUUGCAGAAUUUUUCCUCAAAGAGUAUGCCGUUGCAGCGCAGCAGGUCCUCCUUAAAGUCUUAUACCAGUACAAGACAUCACAGUAUGUGGCUCCUCGAGUCCUUCAGCAGACACUCAACUUUAUCAACCAGGGCAUUGCUCAUGCGCUGACGUGGAAGAAUCUCAAACCCCACAUUCAGGUCAUUAUUCAGGAUGUGGUAUUCCCCCUCAUGUGUUACACAGACAGUGAUGAGGAGCUAUGGCAAGAAGAUCCAUAUGAGUACAUCCGUAUGAAAUUUGAUGUUUUUGAGGAUUUCAUUUCCCCCACGACGGCAGCACAAACUUUACUGUUCACUGCUUGUAUGAAGAGAAAAGAGGUGCUACAGAAAACAAUGGGCUUCUGCUACCAGAUCCUGACAGAUCCGGCAUCAGACCCUCGUAAGAAGGAUGGUGCCCUCCACAUGAUUGGAUCAUUAGCUGAGAUCCUUCUUAAGAAAAAGAUUUACAAAGACCAGAUGGAGUUUAUGCUGCAGAAUCAUGUCUUCCCCCUUUUCCGCAGUGAACUAGGAUACAUGAGAGCGAGGGCUUGUUGGGUACUGCAUUACUUUUGUGAGGUCAAGUUCAAAAGUGACCAGAACCUGCAGACGGCUCUCGAGCUCACCCGACUGUGUCUGAUCAAUGACAACGAGAUGCCUGUGAAAGUGGAGGCUGCUAUUGCUUUACAGGUUCUCAUCAGCAACCAGGAAAAAGCCAAAGAAUAUAUUACUCCGUUCAUCAGACCUGUGAUGCAGGCACUCCUGCAAAUUGUCAGAGAGACUGAGAAUGAUGAUCUCACCAACGUCAUACAGAAGAUGAUCUGUGAAUAUAGUGAAGAAGUUACACCCAUAGCAGUUGAAAUGACACAGCAUCUGGCAAUGACGUUCAAUCAGGUGAUUCAGACGGGCCCUGAUGAGGAGGGAGGCGAUGAUAAAGCCGUGACGGCCAUGGGCAUCCUCAACACCAUAGACACAUUGUUAAGUGUCGUGGAGGACCACAAAGAGAUCACUCAGCAGUUGGAAGGCAUUUGUCUGCAGGUUAUUGGAACUGUGCUGCAACAGCAUGUUCUGGAGUUUUAUGAGGAGAUCUUGUCACUCGCUCAUAGCCUGACAUGUCAGCAGGUGUCCCCACAGAUGUGGCAGCUGCUUCCACUAGUUUAUGAAGUCUUUCAGCAGGAUGGCUUUGAUUAUUUCACAGAUAUGAUGCCCCUCCUUCACAACUAUGUCACAGUUGAUACGGACACACUGCUAUCUGAUACCAAAUACCUGGAAAUUAUUUUUAGCAUGUGUAAGAAGAUCCUUACAGGAGACCCUGGAGAGGACCCUGAAUGCCAUGCUGCUAAACUAUUGGAAGUUAUAAUUCUACAAUGCAAGGGUCGUGGCAUUGACCAGGUGGUUCCCUUGUUUGUGGCUCUUGCUCUGGAGCGUUUGACAAGGGAAGUGAAGACCAGUGAGUUGAGGACCAUGUGCCUGCAGGUCGCCAUCGCUGCACUCUACUACAGUCCUCCUCUUCUGCUCAACACACUGGAGAAUCUCCGCUUCCCCAACAACACUGAGCCCAUCACCAACCACUUUAUAUCACAGUGGCUCAAAGACAUCGACUGCUUUCUUGGACUACAUGACAGAAAAAUGGCAAUUCUGGGUCUCUGCGCCUUGAUGGACCUGGAGCACAGGCCACAGGCUGUCAACCAAGUGGCUGGCCAGCUCUUGCCAGCAGCCAUUAUGCUCUUCAGUGGCCUCAAGAGGGCGUACGCGUGUCGGGCUGAGCAAGAGAAUGAAGAUGACGAUGAUGAAGAUGGAGAGGGAGACGAUGAAACUGCUGAACUUAACAGUGAUGAGGAUGACAUUGAUGAAGAGGGCCAGGAGUAUCUAGAGAUGUUGGCAAAACAGGCGGGAGAGGACGGAGAUGAUGAAGACUGGGAGGAAGAUGACGCAGAGGAGACGGCACUCGAGGGAUACACUACAGCAGUAGACGACGAGGAUAAUUUCGUAGACGAGUAUCAAAUCUUCAAAGCCAUAUUACAAACCAUCGAGCUCCGCGACCCGUCAUGGUACCAGGCGCUGAUCCAGGCGCUGGAUGAGGAGCAGGGGAAGCAGCUUCAGGAUAUCGGCACACUCGCAGACCAGAGACGAGCAGCACAUGAAUCAAAAAUGAUUGAGAAACACGGAGGAUACAAGUUCACAGCCCCUGUAGUACCACCAACAUUCAACUUUGGGGGUGCUGCUCCCGGGAUGAAUUGA